UUCAUCCAGUAAGAUGGCCAACUCGUCUUACCCUUCUUACUCCUUCAGAUCCUAUCACCAUCACAAUUCCUCAACCUGAUCCUCAAUUUGCUAUAAAACUUCACGGACAAGAUUUGACAUUCGAUCCACCUUUUCUUGAUUUCACACAUACAAAUUCAUGUACUUUUACCAUAACAGGAGAGACAUUAGGAUUACAUUCCAUGGUACUUAUUAAGUCUGGAGCACGUUGUCGUAAUUAUAUAAAUUUACCAUCCACUAAAACAAUGUUGGUCGAACGAGCAUUUAUGAAAUGGACAUUUAAAAUUUCAUUUGCCGCUGACAAUGGAAUAAUACGACAUUAUCUUUUCAGUGCCGAUUCACAAGAACAUAGACGCGUUUGGGUUGAAACCAUAAAAGCUUUAGUAGAAAAAUUACUGUCAAAUAGUCUUAGUAGUCCUAAGUCACCAGUAUCUCAAGUGGAUCCAACAAAAGCAGCUGAAGCAGUAGCUUUACGAGUAUUGAAAGAUGCGUUAAUUCCUAGUGAAAAUACUAUUAGGGAAUUUACAAAUACUAUUAAAGAUAGAUCAAGUCCAGUUAAUAAUGCACUGGAAAACAUUUCUAACAGCAAUCCGACAGUAAGAAAUAGUGUAAGAAAUAGCGUAAGAAAUAGCGUAAGAAACAGUAUGUGGAAUAAUUUGAAUCUUGUAAACCCAAAUCCACCAGUUAAUCCAUUUGCAUCCUAUGCAAAAACUGGAGAUGAGAUUAUUCAUAUGACUAUUCAGAACAGUCUCUUACCAUUUCUUCUUGGAUUUUUUACCAAGCAAUUAGAAACUGAUACAAAAAAUUCAAAUUCAUCUAAUAACGCCAAUACGAACAAUAUAAAUAAUGAUAGAGAAGAACUUUCAUAA